CAGUGGCGGCGGCUGACCGGCCUACUUGCCGUCGUGUUUGGACAGAGGCGGGAUCGUCUAGGAGCGUCCGGGAGGCGCGAGGUUCCCGGGAGAACGCCAAUGUGUAGCCAUGGAUGGCGACAUGGAUGAGCUUGUGGCUCACAGCCCUGGGCCAGAUGGACCUCCACAACUUGGCUCCUCAGAACUAGCCAGUGAUGCUGAAGAAAGCAGCAAUGGACACAGUGGAGACUCUGAAGAUGGUUCAGGCAGUGAGCAGGAUGAGGACACAGAUGGGGAGGAAACAGAGGGUCUGUCUGAAGAGGAAGACCCAGAAGAUAGAUCUGGUUCUGAAGAUUCAGAAGAUGGAGUAGAAAUGGCAACGGCAGCAGUGGAGACUCAAGGGAAGCUCGAAGCUGUCAGUGCACCCAGUUCUGAUGAUGAUGCAGAGAGCUGCCCCAUUUGCCUCAAUGCAUUUAGAGACCAGGCUGUGGGCACCCCAGAGACCUGUGCCCAUUAUUUCUGCCUAGACUGCAUCAUCGAAUGGUCUAGGAAUGCCAACUCCUGUCCAGUUGAUCGAACAGUAUUUAAAUGUAUUUGUAUUCGAGCCCAGUUUAAUGGUAAAAUCUUAAAGAAGAUUCCAGUGGAAAACACUAGAGCUUGUGAGGCUGAGGAGGCUGAGGAGGAAGACCCGACCUUUUGUGAGGUGUGUGGCAGGAGUGAUCGUGAGGACCGGCUCCUACUGUGUGAUGGCUGCGAUGCUGGGUACCACAUGGAAUGUUUGGACCCUCCUCUCCAGGAGGUACCUGUGGAUGAAUGGUUCUGCCCAGAAUGUGCGGUCCCUGGUGUUGAUCCCACUUAUGAUGCAGCUCCUGUGAGUGAUGAGGAGGUCUCCUUGCUAUUGGCUGAUGUAGUGCCUACUACCAGCAGGCUUCGGCCUCGAGUAGGCAGGACCCGGGCCAUCGCUAGGACACGGCAAAGUGAGAGAGUGAGGGCAACUGUGAACCGGAACCGGAUCUCCUCUGCAAGAAGGGUCCAGCAUGUACCAAGGUACCUCAUGUCUUCUCUGCUGGAUGAAACUAUUGAGGCUGUCGCCACUGGGCUGAGCACUGCUGUAUACCAGCGUCCCUUGACACCUCGUGCCCCUGCAAAACGGAAAAGGAAGGCAGGGAGACGAAAGAAAGUGCUGGGAAGAAAGAAAACCCGGUCCAGGUCAUCUGUGAAAAGUAAGAGUGGGGGUACGAGAGCCAAGAAACGGCAGCACCGUGUGAGGAAGACAAAAGGGAGGAAGCUGAAGAAUGAAGUCACAGCUCGUUCUCGCAUUGCACGGACACUAGGCCUCCGCAGGCCUGUCCGUGGCACCAGCAUGCCGUCAGUGUACAAGCCAGUGGACCCCUCUCUUGGGCUGAUGAGGGCAGAUAUUGGAGCAGCUUCUCUGUCACUGUUUGGAGAUCCCUAUGAGCUGGACCCCUUUGACAGCAAUGAAGAACAGUCUGCAGAUCCGCCUUCCCCUCUGAGUGCCAAGAGGAGAGUGCUGUCCCGUUCAGCUCUGCAGUCUCACCAGCCUGUGGCCAGACCUGUCGCCAUGGGGCUCUCUAGGAGGCAGCUCCCUGCUGUGGCCCCAGAGCCCAGCGUGGAGGAGGCCCCCGUUCCUGACCUGUUGGGGAGCAUCUUAUCUGGCCAGAGCCUCCUGAUGAUGAGCAGUGCUGAUGUUGUCAUACACCGGGAUGGCUCUCUCAGUGCCAAGAGGGCAGCUCCUGUUUCUCUUCAGCGAAAUUCUGUGACUCAAUCCAGAGAAGAGUCCAGGCUCAGAGACAACCUGCAGCCUGGGACACUACCCUCAGAGAGCGUAUCCAGUGGACUCAUGGGAGACAGACGACCAAACUCAGGGCUGAGCUGUGGGGACAGAACAGCUCUGCACUGUCUCCCUGCCCGCAUGGUGCAGACACCUGUGAGGUCAGACUCAUCACUGAUGCCUCAUUCAGGUCUAUCUGGGAACCUUUCAGAUGAGAGCAGGCCUAGCCGGAAACACAGUAACACCCCCCGACUCAAUGGCUCCAAUGUGCGGGUUGGUUCUGCCUCAACUAAGGUCAUGACUCAUUCUAGCUUUCCAUCUAAGAAUACAGCUCCUGGGCAUCCUCAGAAAACAGACCCCAGGAGACCUGAUUUCUCCAAGCUACCCAGGAUACCAAAGAUCCACAGGGAUGGCAAUAAUAGCACACAGGACCGGGCCCCAGCCAGCGGCCAGAUUGUUGAGCUCCCUAGCACUUGCAUCAGCCGCCUGACUGGCAGGGAGGGUCCUGGUCAGCCAGGGCGAGGCCGAGUUGACAAUGAGCCCAGCAGCAGGGCUCCCCAGGAGACUGGCUCACACACAAGUGGCUCUCGACCUCCUGCACCCAGCUCCCAAGGCAGCCUAGCCCCUCUAGGGCCCUCACGAGGAAAAAGCAUUGGGUCUGGCUUUGAAAGCUUCAGGAUCAACAUCCCCGGGAACACUGCACACUGCAGCCAGCUGUCUAGCCCUGGAUUCUGCAACACAUUCCGUCCAGUAGAUAGCAAGGUGCAGAGGAAAGAGAACCCUUCACCCCUCUUCUCAAUCAAGAAGCCAAAACAACUCAAAAGUGAAAUCUAUGACCCUUUUGAUCCCACUGGCUCAGACUCUAGCCCUCCUAGCAGCAGCCCAGAGAGUCUUGGUCCAGGCCUCCUGCCCUCCGAGAUCACGAGAACUAUCUCCAUCAACAGCCCAAAGGCUCCAGCCUUCCAGACUGUGCGCUGUGUUACCUCCUACAGGGUAGAAAGCAUCUUUGGAACAGAGAUGGAAUCUGAGCCCCAGACCCCUGGUGAGUCUGUAUCUGGCAUGCUGGAGUUACUCGGCAAAGGACCUGCUGAGGGAGCCUCUGAUUUGGAGCAAGAAGGACUAGGGGAAAUAGAGCCUACAGAGAUUCAGGGCUCUGCAGCUCGAACACAGAGGCCAUCCCCAUCAGACCCUUGGGAUGAUGAGGAUGAAGUGUCCUGUACACCCUUCUUUGGUUCUGAGGAACGGACAGUGACAUGUGUGACUGUUGAGGAACCAAGUGUCCCACCAAGCCCAGAUGCUCCACAGAUAACUACCCACAGAAUUGUGGAGGUCAGGGCCUCAUCCCGUUCCCGCUCCACCUCCAGCUCCCGAAGCAGGAAGAAAACGAAGAAGAAGAAGAAAAAGGUUUCCAGAGAGCACCAGAGGACACGCUCCAGCACUCGCUCUGGUUCCAGGGACAGGACUUCACGCUCUGUAUCUCCAGUUGCUGAGGAACACACCAAGAGGCACAGAGCCAAGACUAAGAGCCGGAGGUCUUCUAGUGACCGCGCCAGCAGCCAGGACAGAGCAAAAAGGAGGAAGGACAGAGACGACAGAGACAGGGAGCAUAGGCGGGGUCCUUGGGGUCAUGGCAGGAGCUGGAGGAAGUCCAGGUCCCGGUCAGGGAGUCCUGGCAGUUCUUCCUGUGAGCGCCAUGAGAGUAGGAGACGGAAGAGGCGGCAUUCGGGGUCCAGGUCUCGUGGCAGGGACUGCUCACCGCACAGCAGCCUGGAGAGGGACCGGAGACACAAACAUCGGGAGAGGAGCCGAGAGCGGAUGGACAAGAAGGAGAGUGUGACUCGGUCCCGGGAGAGGAGGAGGUGGCGGUCUCGAUCACCCAGCUUGGAACAUAGGUCACGAAGGCCACAUUCCCGUGAGAAGCGUCCCCAUUCCCCAGAGAAGAAGGGACCUGUGAGAGAGGUUUCCCCAGUCCCUGUUCCACAGGGAGAGCCAAGGCAGGAUGGAGACCACUCUGCCAAGCCUCUAGUCUCAGAAGUAAGUGUCCUGCCAGAGGUAGUAAGUGUCUUGCCAGAGGUGGUUGUGGCUGACCCGAACCCUCCAGAAGUCCCUCCUGUCCUGGCAGAGCCACUUGCAUGUGUGCCUGAGGACCUCGACUAUGGUGAUUCUGUGGAGGCAGGCCAUGUCUUUGAGGAUUUUUCAAAUGAAACCAUCUUCAUCCAGCUUGAUGACAUGAGCUCACCUCCUUCCCCUGAGAGUACAGACUCCUCCCCUGAGCGAGACUUCCCACCAAAUCCCAUACUGCCCCCAGCCAGCCUUCCACAACACAGUACUUUACCUACCAUCCAGAGGGAGGUGUUACCAGUUCACAGUGAAGAUAUCUCAAAGUCUGCACCCCAGGCAUUGGGCCCUUCAGACCAGUGCCUGCUCAGGCAGGACACUGUAGAGACCACUGCUACAACUCUUAGCACCCCAGGUGUGGUGCCCAUGGGAAAGGACAGUCCUUUGUUGAGUGGGAGAGGAUGUGAAGCAGUCAGGCCCAAGGAUGCUGUGGCCCAGGCCCCACUGCUACGAUCCAGAACCCUGGUGAAAAGAGUCACCUGGAACCUACAAGAAGCUGAGGGCAGCACCCCAACCCUGGACAGAGAUCCAAGGUUGACCACAAGGCAUCCACACUUCCUGUCUGUUGGGUCCUCAGGGACACCACUUCAGAGGCCCCAGAGGCCCCAGGAAGGAGACUGGGAUGCAGAGGACAGGGCCCUCAUAGGAUUUCAGCAGGCACCAUUCUCCGAGCUGCCCCCUCCCAUCCACGUGCUCCAGGAGUCUGGGUUACCUGAUGCAGAUCCCUCUCAGCCCCCUGGUGCUCCCAGGGCAGAAGGGCUUCCAGCUGUUGGGACUCUACACUCAGCAGGAGGUAUUCUUGCCCAGGUUUACAGCCCCAACAUGCCACCACCCCUGGCUCAGCCCUCAAGCAUCCUGCCCUAUGCAUUGGUCAGCCAGCCCUCAGUCCAGUUGAUCCUGCAGGGGACCCUUCCUCUAGCAGGCUGUGGUACAGCACAGAGCCUGGCCCCAGUGCCCACUAUGCCAGCUACAGCCUCAGAGCUAGCUGUUGCAACCACCAACAACUCAGAAGAAAAGGCCGCCACUCCUAAAACAGCUGCUGAGAAGACCAAAAAGGAGGAGUACAUGAAGAAGCUGCACAUGCAGGAACGGGCUGUGGAGGAGGUGAAACUGGCCAUUAAACCCUUCUACCAGAAGAGAGAAGUGACCAAGGAGGAGUACAAGGACAUACUGCGCAAAGCCGUACAGAAGAUCUGCCACAGCAAGAGUGGCGAAAUCAACCCUGUGAAGGUGGCCAACCUGGUGAAGGCCUAUGUGGACAAAUACAGGCAUAUGCGCAGGCACAAGAAGACUGACGCUGGAGAGGAGCCACCCACUCAGGGUGCUGAGACCUGAGGCUAGCCACUGUAUGAGGAGGCGUCCCCAGCAGGAAAGCAAUGGGGCCACCAGCACUCCUGCCUCCAAGGUUCUCAUGAUACCUGUCUGCACCUGUCUUGCUUACAAUUGAAAACUGGACUUUUUUAUAUGUAUAUUAUAGAUACACUGUUUCCAUUGUGUUCUAAUUUAUCAAAAAUGGCUUCUCUUUAGAAACUUU